AACGCACAUAUUCAUUUGGUAUUUUAUUGUUUGUGAGACACUUAGUAGUGUCAUUUUUGAUGUCAUUUGUGGCGAGAUUGUCACCGGUGAAUCAAAGCACCUUAUGUGUAAUCUCCUCCGGGACACUUUCCAAGGACGGUUUCCAUCCCCCGACUCCGUCCGUAUCUCCGCUGCUUUCCCCUAGCUUAACAAUGGCUGACAGAAGCCUCCCUGAGGAAGAAGAAGAUGCCAGCUCUCCCCCUUCCAAGAUUCGCAUCAACUCGUCUCGCUUCACCACAACUCUAAUCCUCACGACUCUUGUCACCUCCUCUUCUUUCUGGUCGUCGAGUCUAAAAGUAACGGUUUUUCUUGGCUUUGCCUUUUCCGUUGAUGAGGUUCCCGACGGAUUUCUGUGUUCCAUUAAGAGUCGUCCUUCUUCCUCCAUCGCCUUCUUCUCUUGUUUUGCACCGCCCUUUCUAGCCAAGCAAUUCCCCAUGGAGUUCUCCCACUUGUUUCUUUCUCUAUCUCCUUUUUGGGGUGCGAGCACAAAACUUCCCACAGAAUGGAAGCAGCAAACUAGUUGUCCAAGAACAAAGAGAAAUCGCAAGCCAAAAACCAGAGAUGAGUCCAAAUAUUGUAACCGGAAAACCGUCUUCACAGAGAAGACGGCAAAGUUCUUUGCAUCCUCCAAGCAAAACAAGAAAAAUCGUCGUGGUGGUGAUGAGAAUGGCCCUGCUAGGGCCACGCACACCGGUGGUCUAUUGUCUUUUCGCGAGUCUCAAGCACGCCUUCCGGAGGACAUGAUGCCAAAAAUCGUGUUCAUGGUGUUGGAGAUCUCGCAGGAAGCCUACCACGAAUGCAUGCAAGUGAGGCAAGACGUGCUAGCACCAUCUCUAUGUGAGACCCUCAAGAUGAUGAGAUACGGAGGUUGAAAGAAGAGCUAGACGACAUUAGAGCUUCCCAAGUGCGUGAACUAUUGUCGAUUAUAGAAGAGAUGACCUGAUGAGAUACGAGGUUUGCACGCGCUUGUUGAAUAUUUUAUUAGAAUUGAAGAACAUUAUAUUAAACUUAAGUUUGAUGGUUAUGUAAGUGGAGUUAGAUUUGAUUGUUAGGUUGAAUUUUUAUAAAUAUUAUUUGAAUUU